GCGGCUUAAGGAAGCUCCACAUGUAUGAUUUGCGACGGAGGAUUUAAAACAACUCCUGCGUGACGUGGUCGGGAGGGUCCCAUGCUGCCCUUGUGCGGUGUCGGACCGAUGCGCUCGACAACGUGUCCUCCGCCCACGUCAGUUGCCACCCGCAACCGGUUCAGCAGCACAAGAGUCGACGACCCUGCAGCCACAUGUAUCCGUGGCAGUGACGACGGCAGAGGUGCCGGGGAUCAACCUGCCUGGCAGCAGAGGUCCUAUAUGUUGCUGCUGCGGAGAUACAGCAUUGGGUCGAGGACGGCGGAAAUGGAGGUAUUUGAGGUUCACAGUUCCCAACAAUCGGCACAGUAUCAAGGCUUGCACUCCGUUUCGCCAUCCACCCACUUGUCCAUGCUGAGUCAGGACGCUGACAAGUUCGGUGUCCCUCCGACCUUCCCCGCGGCUGUUGGGCAACUGCCGGCACGGUGGAACGAUCCGCCCGGCCUCCGAGAUGUGCGAUCGGGUCCUGUACCUUUCUACCAUGCUCGAGAUGACCAUGGGGGUGUGGCCGGCUCUGGUAGUUUGUCUGGCGUUGUGUACUCACAACCGACCCCCACUCACAUGCCCAUGCAUGGGGGCAGCAUGACCGGUGCAGGCAGUUUUACAACGGCUCUGUGCGGGGAGUACGAGGAGCUAUUCUCCGGUGGUCUCCCUAAACGGAUGUCAGUGGACGAUUUGUCAGGACCACAACGGUCUUACGGGGUGACAUCCAACCAGCAGUGGAAUGGCGGUGUGUACAGCCAUGGACAAAACGACUUCUCGACACGUGGGGCACAAACCGGGAAUGGACAGGGGACAUUGCCACAGGGAGGAAUGCCGAGGCAUGGACAAUUACAUGCGACGACGGGGGCGGACGUGGACAAUGGUAGUGGUGUGCUUGAAGGGCAGGUCUGCUCUCAUGCAGCCCCCCAGCAGGUCACAGUCGAGGUUGGGUCGUCCGAGUCUGUCGAUCGUCUGCGUGGCGGCUUGCCACCGACCAGCCGUGGUGAUGGAAGGGGGCGAGGUGAAGGGCGACAAGGCACAAGUGACAACAAUGGACAAAGCGCUCGGCCAAGACAGCCGAGACGGGGAGGACGUGGCAGAGGAGGGUGUACUCCACCACCACCUGCAUGCCCUGCGGAGGCGAGUGGGAGUGGAAAGGACGUAGGUGGGCAGGAGUCCAAUGACAACCAGGCACCAGUUAACGAGGGAAUGCGUAAAGGAAAAACUCCUGCCAAAAAGAUAGUGCCUUGGACGCUGGAGGAGUGCUUGGCGUUGGCGAAAUGGCAACGUGAGGAUAAUACCAUAAAGGCCGAUGUGUCCGUCAGGCACAAGUGCAUGAAGAAGGGGGAGAGACAAGAGUGGGUGUCCGAGCGCAUGAAAGAGGAAGGGAUGAUGAGGUCCGCCGAGGACAAUAGGAAAAUAUGGUUUAACCUGGGACAAAAGCUGAAACUGCUUGUGGAUAAGGUGGGGCGGUCAGGCCAUCAAUCGUAUUGGGAUAUGACCAAAGAGGAGAGAGAGGCCGAAGGUCUUUACGCCACAUUCGAUCAACGUCUUUGGCAGGCGAUGGAGUGUGUGUUACAAAGACCGUCUGGGACGUGUGAUGAAGCCAUGAACUCGGACACCAUGGGUGGAGGUGAAGCAAGAGGCACAGGGGGAGGUUCAGGUGAGCAAGCACGGUCAGAUAGAGGAGGGUCCGACACGCGGGGAAGUAGGUCGAAGUUCAGGCGAACCAGCGGCAACAGAGUCCAUGUUGGAGAUGACCCGUCUUCUGUGUCGUCUGUGGGAGCUGCCAUGGCUGAGUCCACACGUGUGUACGUGGAUGGUUUGGAUAGAGCCGCGACGACGAUUGCUCAGGCGAACAAGGAAGGUGCCACCAUCGUCGCCAGGAGCAUAGGCAAAAUGACGAACCAGAUAGGUGCAGUCGCAUCAGCCAUGAGUGAAAGGGAACGUUGUGCUGCAGCUCCUGGUUGGUGUGAUGGGUGCCCUAUGAAACACGAGAUCGUGGGCGGGAAAACCGUCGUCGUCCAGGAAACGAAGGUGGAUCGGCGUUGCCACCCUCGCGGCCGGAUGGAUUUCAGCCCUGACACGGUUGAUCUCCAUAGUCGUGUCUACUAUGUUCUCGUGGAAGGGACCCUGGCGAUGAAGAUCGACGGCGGUUUCGGGUACGACAAGGAAGGCAACCUGGUGGACGUCAUCCUCAACGUCAAGAAGCUGUCGGAAGUCGUCCCCGACUACUGGCGUCUCCCAGAACGUGAUGUCGUCGACGACAUCUUUAGAUACCUGAUGUCCGCCAUAGCUGAUGAACACAUGGCUGCACUUCGCGGCAAUGCCUUCUACGUGGCGCACAUGCAGCCCCCUCUCCGGGGUAGGCAGUACUCGCACGACGCUGUGCAGUCGUGGUGUCCGGAAGACGAUCUGAAGGUUGCGCGUCGGCGGUGGUGAGGGUGAAGGGGAGUGUUGCAUAACCGACGA